AUGGACUCUGCCUCCAUCCCGCCUCGGCUGGGCCACAUACACGAAUCCGACCGACAACACUUCAAAAUGCACUCUCCUGCGAGUCUGCAAGACACGGGGCUGCUACCGGAUAAAGCCGCUCGUCGUGCCCUGCAGCCCUCGACCCGGCCCCAGACCGUCGCCUCAUCCGACGCGCUCCCCAACGACAAAGCCGCAUCGUUCUCGGGCGACGCGACUGCGAACCACCGCCACAACCUCCAUAACCACGUCCACGUCCACGCACACGGCCAGCAACCCCAGCCAAACUACCAGCAGCCCUCGCAACCUUUCAUAACAUUAAAUCAUGUUCCUCGCAUAGCCGAUCACCAACCGCUCAAGACCAUAUCAAUUGCUGCACCCUUCGUGGCUUCCCAGGUCACUCCAUCCGCCCAUCAGCGACCGCUCCCCUCCUCUGACUCGCAGACCUCGAGCCUGUCCGCCGAACCCGCCAACGUCUUCACGCCGCCCGCCAGUCAGGGUGACAUGCCAGGAGGAAGCCUCAACGGUCACGAUUCCAGCCAAGAAUCGCAACUUCUCCAACUAUCCCACAUUGCCGCCGCCCAGGACAAAUUGGCCGAGGACAAUGUAAUGGCAACUGCUCGGAAGCGAAUGGCCGACGGUGCUCUUAAGGAGAACACCUCUCCUGUCCGGAUGGGACACUCGAGGAAUACGAGCACCGUCAGCAUGGCUUCGACUACAGCCAGCAGUAUCGGUGAUUGGUCCAGCGAUCUUAAAACGCGCCUUUCCUACGCAAUGCUGAAGGUAAAUCACGGCUGGCAAUCACACUCGAUUGAUGAAGUCGAAUCCAUGGCCUCCCAGGCCGCUUCGCCCACCUCUAGCCAUUCCACCUUGCACGGCCGUCAAGAGCUGUCUGCAAGUCCUCGCGCCAAUAUGGCUCGUUAUCAACCCGUCAGUGCCGCCACCACAGCAAGCUCUGGCCCAAGCCCUGCAACGUACGAAUCCUUCUGGAAGGAGGGACAAAGAUCCGCGCAUACUUCUGCUUCACCUCCAGCACCCGUACAAAAUCAAAACGUCCCUACACUUGCACCGCCUGCUCCGAUUCAGCCGUCGAGGCCAAUGGGAGGCCAUAAUCCACGCCGGAAUUCAAAUCCUCGCUACACUCCAACUCUUCUCUCCCACUCACACAGCGCGUCACCGCAUACGCCUUCUCAACCGAACAACAAUGCAACGCCAAAUCAGAGGUUAGGCCGGACUACACUCAUCGACCCGAUCCUCUUCUCACCUAAUCAAAACGUUAGAGAGCAGGACGCUAUCGAAUCACUGCUCUUUAUGAGCAGUCCCGGAAACUCGGCCAACAUGAAGCACAACUACUCGGCAUCAGCAGCAUCCAAUUUGCCCGGUCGUCACGCUCUGCCGAGCUCUCAACCCCGCAAAAGCCUGCCCUCGCAGCGGCCCCUGCCGCAAAAACGCGUGGGCUUUGAGAAGAGCCCUGGGGGUAUGACGGCAGUGAGCGACAUGGAUAUUGACAUGGACUCACCUCAGUCACGAGGGCCAAUGAGGAGGCGAAUCAACGGAAGCGCCAGCUUCUCUGGAGGGACCACCGGCAGCACGCUGCGUCCUCAACUGUCAUUACCGGCAGCCCUGGGGAGUACUUCACGACCACGGCCACGCUUAGCGGACGCGGACAUUGAGCGGAUGAUUGAUCAAGUAGCGCAAGCGGGCGACAGCUCUGACGACGAUGACGGCGAAAUCCAGAUUCCAGGGAGGAGUCGACCAGAAGGGACCGUAGGAGGCUGA